AUGCCCGUACAUAACUUGCAUGUAACCUUAAAUAUACAAUGUCAUCGUCAGUUACUGCAUUAAUAAAAAAAAAAAGAAAGAAAGAAAGAAAAAAAAGCUGCCCAUAAUAAUUUGGCAAAGACAAGUGGGAACUAAAAUAUCGAGAGGAAGACUGUACGGACAACGUUUACGGGAACACACAUUUGAGAGAUUUCUCAAAGGAGCAACGGGUUUGGUGUGUGUUUUGGUACAGGAAGAAAAAUAAUAUAACCCACUGUGUGUAACUGUUUCAAAUUGGAUUUUAUUAUGCGCUGGGCUGGCUAGAUUAGUCGGACUUAUUUGAGUAAGUACAUCUUGAGAGAAUAAAGACACAGAGAGAAGUUCACGGCGUGAAUCCAUCAUUUCAUCAUGGCUUCAACAAUCGACUUCAGGACUCACGUGGAUCAGUCGUGCAGAUACUCCGAGGAGUUUGUCAACAUUUACUAUGACUGCAUGGACAAAAAAAGAAGAAACCUGACAAGGCUUUACCUGGAUAAAGCCACACUGGUGUGGAACGGGAAUAAUGUUUCGGGACAGGAUGCGCUUGGAGAAUUUUUUGAGUCUCUUCCCUCAAGUGAAUUUCAGGUGCACACACUCGACUGCCAGCCUGUCCAUGUUUUUAUUGCUUACACUAGUGUCAUGUGGAAAAUAAUGUCACUCACAGACAACCUUGAGAGAACUCGUCCAACAUUAACAGAUGGAAACAGACACAGGUAGUAAUCCAGAGAGCAGAUCAUUCUGCAUUGUGUAAUACUGCAGUAUAGGAGCUGUUAUAUUCUUGAUAAAUACGCUCGCCAGCCACUUUAAUAGGAACUCUUGUACCCAUACAAUGUAUCCACCUGGUCUUGUUCCUAUUAAAGUUGCCAGUAAGCGUAAGUAGCUUUUUGAAGGUCUGUACACAAGAGCACAAAGGAGCGGGCUGUGAAAAUUCAGUUUGAACGAUUGUAUGUGUAGCAUUCAGUAGGUAAUUUGUUUAACCAGUGUUGAAAACUUUUAUUUCC